CUGAGCUGUGGGGAGGUGGGGGUAGGGGGAUUGUAGAGGACACCAAAGAGGAAUUUCUCCCUCAGAAGAGAGUUUGUCCCAACAACCAUGUGAUAAGAUUUAAAGGGUCUCGACGUAGACUGGAGUAGUUCACCAUCUUCCUUUCCUGGAAGUUCUUCUGAAAAUACACUCUGUGUCUUAGUAAGGGAAGGUCCUUUAAAGAAACAUGGUGAAUUACUACAAAGUACUAGGAGUGCCUCAAAACGCUUCCCCCUCUGAUAUCAAGAAGGCUUACCAUCAGUUAGCUCUUCGGGUACAUCCAGACAAGAACCCAAAAAACAGGGAGGCAGCUGAGGAGAAAUUCAAACAAGUAACAGAAGCCUACGAGGUGUUGUCUGAUGCUGAGAAACGUAACAACUAUGACAAGUCCGGAGGGAACCGCAUCAAAACAGAAAAUACAGGCGACUGCAGAGACGAAAAGUGCUUGAAAGAGGAACCACGGUUUGAGAGGCCACACUGCGGCUUUCAAGAUGUCUUUGAAGACAAAGACCUCUUCUCAGGCAGUUAUUUUCCCACUGGUCAUGUGGGUAAGGCCAGGAGAUUUCACUCCUCCUUCUUUGAUGUGAUCCCCAUAUUGGACACAGGAUUUUCCACGUUUGUUUCCCCAGGCUCCAGACCAAGUCCCCCUUCCUCUGGGACAUUUGUUCCCUUCGUAAGCCGUGGAAUGGGAAACUUCAGACUGGUCACCACGUGUAGCCAGAUAGUGAAUGGCAAGAGAGUUGUGACAAAGAAAGUUCUAGAAAAUGUGACAGGGAAGACUGGACUGGAAAAAGACAGCCUAUUUCAUCAGAUGCCUCCAGGUCAUCGGAAAUUGAUGGAAAAUCCCUGCUAUUGAUGACAAGAAAUGACGUGUUGACAGGACUUCAGUUAAAACUGGGGCCUGCUCUAAAAAUCUACGAAUAUCACGUAAAACCUCUGCAGACAAAGCAUCUCAAGAACAACUCUUCAUAGUACAGUCAAAUUGGGGUCUUAGACCUCAAGAAAUACAUUAUGACAUAAUUUAGUUUCAUGUGAUGAAACUUUGUAAACAAUACAUACAUGUGUAUAUGUAAAGAAUUUCAGUCAAAUGAAACGUUAUCCUAUGGGAUAGACUAGGCAAUCCAUCGGCUGACCUGAACUCAGCCAGGAGGAGCAAGGAUGAUUUGUGGACAGCAUGGUUUUCCUGGUGGAGCUUGUCAAACAGAGUGAUCUUUGACAUGGUUGGACACCCCUCCCCACCAAAGGGAUUUUCUUCAGGUUGCUUUCCCAAAAUCCUUGAAAAAGGGUUGAAUGGAAUGAUCCUCUGGUUACAGAUGUAGUGAGAUUAAAGACAAGAAAACUUGGGGAAGGGGAGAAAAGAGAUUGCUGUCUCCCUUGAAUCCCUCUGCUCCUUAGAGUUUGUGUUAUUUGGAUGGAAUUGCCGACACCCUCUUUUAUAGAGGGUCUUCCACUUGACCUUAUUAAGGUUUCACUGGGAUAUACUGCGAUGUUUGAGAUGAACGUGUGUCAUGGCCCCUAUAGGAGCAGAACCUCUGAAAAGAGAAUCUCUGUUGUGUCUUGGGAACCUCCAUCCACAUUCAGCUUCUUUCACAGGGGGUAAUAGUAUUUUCUGCAUAGAUUUACUUUCAAAUUGGCUUUUUGUUUCUGAAGAAGAAAGCAUUUUUUCACUUUAUGGUUUGUAUUUAUACUGAUUUGUUUCUGAAGGAAUUUGCCAAGAGUUAUAGAUCAAGAAGCCUUGUUACUAGUACAGAAUAUUUUUAUAUAUUCCUUCAUGAUGUUGUAGUAUUUUUUUAAUUGCUCUGAUGCUUUGUUUGAUUCCUGGUUUGAGUACUUGUUUUUAAGAACUUGAAAAAAGUGAGCUCGCUACAUCUCUGUUCAAAGAGACAUUUGUUCAAAUCUCUGUGUGUCGAUGCCUUGUUGAAUUGGUGCUUUGUGGUCGCAAUAAAGCAUUGCUUCAGUUUAUU